AUGGCUUCACAAGAUCAUGCAGAUGCGGACUUUUACGAUUUUUGUUGUCCGGUCUGUUUAGAAGAGUUUCAAGAUCCAAAAGUUCUUCCAACGUGUCAUCAUAGCGUUUGUCGACAGUGUCUUGAAAAUAUUAUAACACAAGCAAGGCCUGCUUACUUACAGUGCCCGACUUGUCGACAACAAUCGUUCAUUCGGGUAGAAGACAUAGACGACUUACAAACUAACGUAUUCUUAGUGAAGCUACUGCAGCAGACGGAGCCGAAAAAAGAACGAGAAAAGCUUUCCAAGGGAAUUCAAGCGUGUGUAACGAAAGUAGAGGUUUUAGAGGAACUUAUGAAGGAACUGGAAAUGUGUCGAAAGCGCAAACUCGAACACGGGCAAUUGUUAACAGAGGAAAUUCACAACGCGGCGGAUAGUCUUAUUGAAAUGAUCAAGAAAAACGAGGGUGAGCUGACAUCUAAACUGGAAGAUUUUGUUUCUCAACAAAAUGACGUCUUCAUGCGCGUGCAAACCAGAUUGCAAACUUUUUGCCGCGAAGUUCAAACGCAAGUGGAUGUUUCUUUAAAAGUCCUCGAUCAAGACGAUGAUGAUGCCGAGAUUUCCAAGAUGAAAACGGCACUGGCUUCUCUGGCCCACGAUACUGUUCUUGAAGACAACUUGCACAAAGAGAUUAAUGAACUGGAUUCAUUCACCGUGAGAUUUGACCCAAAUAAAGAGCUUCUACAAAAGGCUGAACAUCAUGGUUUUGGUAACUUGUCAAUGAACGACAGCUGCGGUGUAAAAAUCGGACUUUGCACUCCUUUGAAGGCCAUGAGAGUCUCUCUUACCACCCUUCGUAAGAUUAUUCCGUCGAACUUCGGUUUUGAGUCAUUUUCUCCCCUAAGCGUUGCCACAGAUGGAGAGACGCAUGUCGCUGUUGCUGAUCCCGAAAACAACAAUAUUCUGCUCUUAAAAAGAAAUGGGGAUUUCUUGAAAAGAUUCACAGUGCCAGUGAACUCGUCCCAGCCUCCCAUGAUGUUCUCGGGCGUCGCGUUUUCUAGGGACAAGAAAGACCUUAUAGCUGUCAACGGCGCUCGCGAUAUUCAUGUAAUAAACCCCCAAAAAGGAACGUUCAAAGUAAGUUAUAGAAGCAGCUCCCAGUGGGGUGUAAAAUAUUGCUUCGUUUCAUCCGACUGCGUUGGUAGACUACUGCUCACUUGCGAGCCUUUGGCGAAGCAAUACCGAGCGUGUAUUGUCGUGCAUUCGGAUACGCCUUUCGGAAAACCCAGUUUGAAGUUCGGCUUUGCUGGCGAGGGUGCUUUGCUGUUUCCGUUUAAAGCUCUUUACCACAACAAACAUUAUUACGUAACUGAUAUGGAGAAAGGUUGCGUUAUGGUGUACAAUGAAGAUGGAGAGUUUCUUCGACAUUUUGGGCGAAAGGAUGACGACAAUUACAGCGACGGUCAUCUGGUCUUGCCUACAGGAAUGGUUUUUGACCCUAAUGACGAAAUACUUCUGGUGUGCGAUUGGGGUUCUAGUUCCAUUCAGACCUACAAACCGGACGGGAGUUUCCAAGGGGCAUUCCCCAUCGACGGACGCCCCACCGAUAUAGCGCUUUUCUCCGAUGGGACUCUUGUGGUGUCUUCCAAGGAUGAUCAAUGGAUCCAGUUUAUGACUAUAUCACCGCUUGGAGCACUGAAAGAGGAGACGGGGGGAAAUGAACAAUGA